GUGAUAUCGAUUCAAUAAUUUCUAUACGGUUUAUAUUUUCUUACUCUUUUUAUAGGUUCAAAACAUAAAUUCUAAUCCUUUAAUAAAUUAAUAUCGAGCCGUUAAAAAUCGGCAUAACAGUACCUCUAGGAGGAGACAUGUACUGGCGUCUCUGUUUAAUUACAAUGCCGUGGUAAAAUGGGAGUGAACUGGCAGUGAACAGUGAGUGUUACGAGGCUGUAUGCAGGAUGGCGGCGGACACAGCGGUGGCUGCCAGCCCUGAGGAGACGUUAGAGUCACUGUUGCGUGAAGCGGAGGCGCUUAAACAGAAAUUGGAGGAGGAACGGCAGAAGCUCAACGAUGUUACCCUGUCAUGUGUGGCAGAGCGGUUGGAGACCAUAAACUUCCCCAACCUGAAGCUGCGGCGAGUUCUCAAGGGACACCAGGCCAAGGUGCUGUGCUCGGACUGGUCACCAGACAAGCGACACAUUGUCUCCUCCUCACAGGAUGGUAAGGUGAUAGUUUGGGAUGCUUUCACAGCUACUAAAGAGCACACCAUCGCUAUGCCUAGCACUUGGGUGAUGGCAUGUGCAUAUGCACCCUCCGGGAACAUGGUCGCAGCAGGAGGCCUGGACAACAAGGUGACGGUGUUCCCGCUGGGCGAGGAGGAGCCGGCGUCACGCAAGCGCACGGUGGCCACGCACACGUCCUACAUGUCGUGCUGCCUGUUCCCCAACACGGACCGCCAGAUACUGACGGGCAGCGGCGACGGCACGUGCGCGCUCUGGGACGUGGAGUCGGGCCAGCUGCUGCAGAGCUUCCAGGCGCACGCGGCCGACGUGAUGGCGCUGGACCUGGCGCCGUCCGACAUGGGAGACACGUUCGUGUCCGGCGGCUGCGACCGCUCCGUGCUCGUGUGGGACCUGCGCACCGGCCAGGCCGUGCAGGCCUUCGACACGCACCUCUCCGACGUCAACAGCGUCAAGUACCACCCCUCGGGCGACUCGCUCGCCUCCGGCUCCGACGACUCCUGCUGCCGCCUUUUCGACUUGCGCGCGGACCGCGAGGUGGCGCGGUACACGAAGGAGAGCAUCAUCUUCGGCGUGAACUCCGUGGAGUGGUCGGUGAGCGGGCGGCUGCUGUUCGCCGGCUACAGCGACUACACGGCGUGCGCCUGGGACGCGCUGCGGGCCGCGCGCGUGUGCGUGCUGUGCGGACACGAGCACCGCCACCGCGUGGCGCGCGUGCAGCUGGCGCGGGACGGGGCCGCGCUCGCCACCGCCUCCUGGGACGCCACGCUGCGGGUGCGUGCUCUCUCUCUCUCUCUCUCUCUCUCUGUGUCUGUCGGACACGAGCACCGCGUCGCGCGUGCCUGGCGCGGGACGGGGCCGCGCUGUGCGCCACGCUGCUGUCACCGCGUGGCGCGCGUGCAGCUGGCGCGGGACGGGGCCGCGCUCGCCACCGCCUCCUGGGACGCCACGCUGCGGGUGCGUGCUCUCUCUCUCUCUCUCUCUCUCUCUCUGUCUCUCUCACUCACCCCCGAGUGA